UGUGUGGCUGUAUUACGUUUAUUUUAUGUAAAUAAUAAUUAAAAUGUUUUCAUAAGAAACCUUAAUGUAUAUGAACUUGAUUUGUAAGAGUACUUUGUGGUUGGACCUUGCUUGCGUUUCUUGCGUCCGAUUUCAAAGCCCCCAAACCCUUUCAGCGGUGAGGGUGGACGCAGCGAUGUCCUCUGCUGGCGUCAAGUCCUGAGGCAGAUCCACCUCCCGUUACACGGCGUGCCCGAUUUAUGCCGGCAAGCGUGGGAUUCCCCCGUACAAGGACGUCGGUCUCCUCGGCUGUGAACCGCUCCUGGCGUGCGCCUGGUAAAUCCGUCAUAAUAAUAGCAACCUGCCAUGGAACUUGCGCCCUUGCGUUUAAAGGGAAUGUUGGAUAGCGUUCUGAUUGGUUUAUUUGACGUUACGCCCAAACCACACCUAUGAAUAAUGAACCUACUUCAGACCAACCCCUUAUUGAUUUGCGCCCGGCGCAAGAGUUAUUUCUCACGCCGGGAAAAUAGCAACAGCGCCCAAGAUCCGCCCACAAACUCACUUGCGCGUUGCGCUUCGCACUUGCGUUUCAGAUCGUUAAAAUAGGGCCCAAUAUCUUUAUAUACAUAUUUAUGAAAAAAUGAUAAAGCCAACUUCAUUCAUUAAUUGGUUGUUAGAUGACUAGUCAAGUAGUUGACCAUUGUGUUGACCCACACUUGCUAUCCAUCAUUAACUCUUUCACCAAUAAUUUUCCAAGGCAGUUGUUCAGUGCUCCACAAAACUAUGACUUAAGUUUACUUAAUAAUUUCUACUGUUGUGUUAACUAUUGUAUCUAGCUUAUAUUUGUUCUCCGUGGCGUAGGCAUCAGAAUGCUGGAGGUGUUUCAUAGAUUACAUGCACUUGCAAACUAUAGCAAUGAUGGGGGCCCUGUCCUCACCAUAGCAACCGGAAAUGGUUGCUUGGAUACAGGUUUGAAUAGAAGUAUGGUAUGAAUGCAUCAGCAGUCGCCUCCAGGGGACAUACGGGCACUUGAACUUGUCGGUGACUCCAGUGUCUUGAGCUGAUUUAAGUUGACCCAGCAUGAGCUUGUGUUGCAACGGUCCAAUAGAUACAAUGUUGAAUGUGAAAUGUUUAACAAGAACGUGAAGGCCUGUUGGUAAAGACGCCUUCAGACUAAGAUUUCUUUGUUUUUCAUUUAUAUUCAGUCAGUGUUAUAAACUCAGCAUGCAGGGGUUAUAUACACAGUAUAGAGGAUUUUUCAACAGUAGGUUUGUUAUUCUUGUCAGGAGAAAUGUAUGGUUGAUAUGGAAUCGGUUAUUACAAGUUGAAUUUUAAAACAGCUAAUGAAAAAAUUGCACGUUUUUUUAUUGCAAAAAUUGAUGAUUUUACAAAAGUAUUUUUAUAUGCAAUGGCAACGCAAGGUGCCAUGGCAUUUAGGCAAAGUAAGCAUGGCUCAACACCAACACUUGUGAUAUGCUUCCAACCAAUCAGAAUUCACCCAUAUGUCCAUGUUAUUUGGCGUGUGCUUUAAAGAGUAGCGGCAUCCUUGUGUCUUCAAAAGUAGAUGCCAGUGACGACCAAAACACGUGCUGUAAUACUCCAGGUUUUGGGGUCAUAAGGUAGUUGAAGAGUUGCUAGAUCAAAGAUUCAAUCCAAAGUCAUUUUGGCGAAUGUUGUUUAGUUCCUGCGUCUGAUAUUAGAAAAGACCAUUGCCUCUGCUUCUUUCUUUUUUUUUUGGAGCAAAUGAAACACCAAUUAGAUCCGUUCUGUCCGAAGUUUCGUAAAAGAAAAAUCCCAUUUCCAGUCUCGCCGUUCCAACAAAAAGUCCUCUUCUGAUUCUUUUGUCAAGCUCGCCCUCCUCAUUUCCUUUUUCCUCUUUUCUUCUCCCCCCUUUGUCCUUUUUGGCGGAGUGGCUGGUAAGGUGUUGCGGUGUUGGCGAAGGCGUAUCUUGGCACAAUCGCAGGGCACAGUUAAAGGAGGCAGACUGGCACCACCUGGACCUUUGCCAGAGCUCCUCAGGAGAAAUACCCACUGCUGAGCAAUGCACGCCGCCAAUGGGAACCCCACAGUAGAGCCUUUUCCUGAUGGCAUGGAGAUGAUCGUGUUUGGAAUGGGCUGUUUUUGGGGAGCAGAGAGGCGCUUUUGGAAAGUUCCUGGUGUGUUCUCUACACAGGUUGGCUACGCAGGUGGAUUCACACCUAAUCCCACCUAUCAAGAGGUGUGUUCAGGUUUAACGGGACACACAGAGGAAGUCCGAGUGGUCUUCUCUCCUAAAGACGUCAGUUUAGAUAAACUUCUUAAAGUCUUCUGGGAAAGCCAUGACCCCACUCAAGGAAUGGCACAGGGAAAUGACCAUGGCACACAGUAUCGUUCAGCCAUCUAUACAUACAGCCCAGAACAGCAGGAGCUGGUGAUGAGGAGCAAGCAAAUAUACCAAGAGGCCCUGACUAAGAAAGGCCUGGGUGACAUUACCACAGAGAUCCGGGAGCACACCGAUUUUUACUAUGCUGAGGACUAUCAUCAGCAGUACCUGCACAAGGUGCCUAAAGGUUACUGUGGGUUGAAGGGCACGGGGGUCAUCUGCUCUUUUGGAGAAGAAAAAGAUGAACUUUGACUUAUGACUUGUGGACAUUAUUGUGUACUGUUUAAAACAGAGUGUCAAUGAGGUGUUUGUUUCUAAAGAACAAAAAAGUCAAUUCCUUUUUCUAUUGUGAAAUCAGGAAAAAUCCAAAGUGCUCAGAAAUAGCAGAAGAAAUUAUUUAGAAAAAAUUGAAAGUGCUCUUUGGUAAAGGGUAUUCAAAACGUUAAAAAAAAGGAAAUACAAGGCACUCUUCGUAUUUCAAAAAAUAUUAUAAAAAGCCUUUAUUGAAGAAGGCUAUCUGUGCCGCUAUGCAUGAGUUGCUGCCCAGUGUAAUGUUAUUAAUGUUAUGUUUAAAUAAUAGUUUUUCUAUUGAUUUGAUAGAAAUAUCUUAAAUAAAUAUCAAAACGAAUAGACAAAGAGAACAUUUCUGUUAUCAUUUGCUCAUCCUCAGGUUUUUUUGCACGUGUGUGAUUCAUCUGUGGACCACAAAAGGUGAGUUUUUGAAGAAUAUGCUAAAAGCAUAUUUUAUUUAUGUAAUGAAAGUAAUUGAUGACUGAGGCCGUCAAAGUUUUUUCCUGUAAGUAUUUUUUCCUGCUAUGGAAGUUGAUGGGUGCCAUCAACUGUGU